AUGGCCCCUGCUUCCGUAGGCGGCGACGCGGCGCGUCGGCAGGCGACCUUGGACGCGCUGGAGCGUGCAUGCGCUGUGCGCCGGUCCAUACUGUCUUGUAUUGAGAGCUCAUUAGGCGUUUUGCAAGAGCUGGGCCCCGCCCAAAACGAUGACAGCGUACGUGCUCUGCUUCGUGAACGCGAUGCCCUGGCCCUCCAGUUAUUGCGCGUACAGCGUGCCCUUGAUCAAGUUCGAGAGGAAAGUGCAGCGUACCUAUCAGAUAUCUAUGACACACGGCAACGGAUUGUGACCUUGCUAGACACGAAACGUGCAGAGGCACCGAUACGAGAGCCUAUACCUGCCAAGCUCCAACUACUACGUGGUGUGGUUACCAACAUGGCACGCGAGUAUCCUAUACCCUGGUGGGACGACCCCACGCUAGCCGACUGUGUCUUGGCCAUGGACGACGCGUUCGAGAGUGGAGGGACAGACACCACAUAG